GGGCCCGGGCGGGGGGAUGCGGCUGCCCCCGCCCCGCCGCCCGCACACGCGGCCCCGCCGCCGCCGCGCUGCCGCCCUGCCCCGCCGGCAGCUGCCGCCCCCGGACAGAGCGGGACAGAGCGGGACACCGGAGAGAGCAGGAGAGCCCCGGACAGAGCAGGACAGAGCGGGACAGAGCGGGACACCGGAGAGAGCAGGAGAGCCCCGGAUAGACCCGGGACAGAGCGGGACAGAGCGGGACACCGGAGAGAGCAGGAGAGCCCCGGACAGAGCAGAACAGAGCAGGACAGAGCAGGACACCGGAGAGAGCAGGAGAGCCCCGGAUAGACCCCGGACAGAGCGGGACAGAGCGGGACACCGGAGAGAGCAGGACAGCCCCGGACAGACCCCGGACAGAGCGGGACAGAGCAGGACACCGGAGAGAGCAGGACAGCCCCGGACACCGGACAGCCCCGGACAGAGCAGGACACCGGGCAGCACCCGGACAGCCCCCCGGAGCCACUCCCCGAACAGCCCCGGACAGCCCCACGACAGCCCCCGGACUGCCCCCCGGACACCGCACAGCCCCGCACACUGGACAGCCCCCCCAAAACCGCCCCCCGGUCACCGGACAGCCCCCCGGAGCCACCCCCCGGCCAGCCCCGGACACCGGCCAGCCCCCCGCAGCCAGCCCCCGGCCGGCCCGGGCCAGCCCCCGGAGCCGCCCCCUCUCCUCCCGAGCCGCGGCCGCCCCGCGCCCGCCGGGCCAUGGAGCAGCACCUGCGGCGCCUGCGGCAGGAGCUGCUGUCCAUGAAGGAGGUGGGUGACGGGCUGCACGAGCAGAUGACGUGCAUGAUGGGCGCCCUGCAGGAGCUGAAGCUGCUGCAGGUGCAGACGGCCCUGGAGCGCUUGGACAUCUCGGGGCGCCAGGAGCCGCGGCCAGGGGGGGCCCAGGGACGCUGCCCCCCGCCCCUGGCGUGUCCCCUGCCACGGGCAGCCAGCUCGUCCCAGCCCGCUGCGCCCGCGGGGAGCGCCCGCCCUGGGGCCAGCCCCUGCUCCUCGGGGAGCCCCGGCGGGGAGGCUCUGUGCCCCCCCAAAGGACCUGCCUGCAGCAGCCAGCCCUGCACGGCGCAGCCCAGCAGGCAGGGCACGGCUGGGGCACGGCCGCCGUGCCAGGAGUGCCCGGGCUGUGACGAUGGCCACGACUGGACGUCGUCCCUGAUGUCGCAGAGCAGGAACCGGCAGCCGCUGGUGCUGGGGGACAACAUCUUCGCAGACCUGGUGGGCAACUGGCUGGACCUGCCCGAGCUGGACAAGAAGGGGGAGAAGAGCGAGGCGUCCCUGUCCGCGAGCAGAUCCCAGGAGCUCUGCAGGAAGUUCUCCCUCACGGCCAACAUCUUCAAGAAGUUCCUGAGGAGCGUCCGGCCGGACCGCGACAGGCUGCUCAAGGAGAAGCCCUGCUGGCUCCCUCCCGAGGACAAGCAGCCCGAGAUCUCCAAGAGGUCCAAAAAGAUCAGCAAACUCAAGGGGACGUUUUACCUGCCCCUCCACGGGAACCUGCAGAGCCACCACAGCAAAGCAGAGAGGUGCCCGAGGGCAGAGGGCCGUAGCGAGCACCCCAAGGUGGGCACCAGGAAAGCCCCCGACCCCAGAGACUACAGCCAGGGGGGCUUUGACAUCAACACGGCCGUCUGGGUCUGAGCCUCUGCCCUGGCCAGCAUCUCCACACCCAGCACGAGCUGCAGGCCACGCUGCUCAGGGGACGCUGGGCUCUCCACAGGACGAGAGAGCAUCCGUGCUCUGGGCUUCACUCACCUGCACGUGGAACUUUCUGGAGAACUACGGCAGCCUGAGCUCCACGUGGGGAAACCUUUGGGGGCCAAUACUGGCAAAAAUAAUGCAAAUCUUUAGCAGCUUUAGGGUGAGUGGUGCUCCAGGUGAGCAGCUCCUGGUGCCAGGCCCGUUCCAUCAUCUCCAGCUCAGUGGUGCAGCACAAAAUCCAUGGUGUGCAUGUGUGUGUAUGAGUGUGCAAAUAUAUAUAUAUAUAUAUAUAUAUAUAUAGUUUUGUUAAAAAGUUCUAUUCCUGCUUGUGUGCACUUGAAACUGGGCUACAAACCAGGCAUCCCAAGCCUUGUACCUGAAGCACUUGUUAUUUAAAUGGAAAUAAGUUUGAAUUUAUAAGACUUGAACAAUUGCUGAGGGGGGGUUUCCCCUUAAACUGUAUCCCUGGUGCCAGCAUCUCCCUCCCCUGCCAGUGAAACCAGAGGGGCACAAGGUUUGUGACCUGGGGGUCUCGGUGGGUUUGCCCCCUCCCCUCCCCUUGUCCCUGUGGGUCACUCCAGGUACAGCACCCCUGAAGUUCACUGUUGGGUUCUCACCCAGAUGCAAAGCUCAGUCCCCGUUUCCCGUUGUGUUCCUGUGCUGUUGUACAAACCUGCUUGGACAGAACCAAGUUCUGCAGUGUCGGCUCUCCAAGAGUUUCCAAUAAAGUGGGAUUGUCUCGCUCUGCUGUGGGACACCCUGCUCUGUUCUCUCA